GAACGUGCCAGCAUCAUCUGAUUUCUCCUGGUUUCCUUUCACCGGUACAAGCUGCGUCUCCUUUGGCGGAGUCUCCUUUUGCGCACCGGGAUGGCGAGGACCGGGGACUCGGUGAUACAGUCAUAAGGGGUCUGUCCUCCUCCCCCUCCCGUACCCCGUGGGGGAAAUAAGGAGCAAAAAGGGGGAGGGGGUAGCUUGAAAUACAACAGGGAUCUGUGCCAUCUUGCCACUCCGGAUCGGAGUGCCAGCCGGUGAGGGUGGAAUGCGGCUGUCUAUGUUCGUGGCGCUCUUCAUCGGAUGCGCCUUAAUUCUCUCUCCGGUCAACGAGGGCUGUGGGCCGGGAAGGGGAUACGGCAAGAGACGGCCGCCGAGGAAGCUUACGCCGCUCUCCUACAAGCAGUUCAGCCCUAACGUGGCCGAGAAAACACUAGGGGCGAGUGGUAGAUACGAGGGCAAAAUAACCCGGAAUUCGGAACGAUUUAAAGAGCUGACUCCUAAUUACAACCCUGACAUCAUAUUCAAAGAUGAAGAGAACACAGGUGCGGAUAGACUGAUGACACAGCGCUGCAAGGACAAGCUGAACUCUCUGGCCAUCUCGGUGAUGAACAUGUGGCCGGGCGUGAAGCUGCGCGUGACGGAGGGCUGGGACGAGGACGGCCACCACUCUGAGGAAUCGCUGCACUACGAGGGCCGUGCGGUCGACAUCACCACCUCCGACCGUGACCGCAACAAGUACGCCAUGCUGGCCCGCCUGGCUGUGGAGGCCGGCUUCGACUGGGUCUACUACGAGUCCAAGGCCCACGUGCACUGCAGCGUCAAGUCAGAACACUCAGUUGCAGCAAAGACGGGGGGCUGUUUCCCAGGCAGUGCGUGGGUCAGCCUGGAAAGAGGGGGCAGGAAGGCCGUCCGGGACCUUCAGCCGGGAGACCGAGUUCUGGCCUCAUCCGAGAGCAACGGAGGUGGCGAGCUGGUCUACAGCGAGGUCCUCGCCUUCAUCGACCGUGACCCCGUGACCCGGAAGCACUUCUACGUAAUCGGGGUGGAGGGCGGAGCCCAGCUGUCCCUCACGGCCGCCCACCUGCUGUUUGUGAGCGAGGGGAACUGCUCUGGGCGGGCGCCGGAGGAGGCCGAGACGCGGACGAUAUUCGCCAGCGACGCGCGGCCAGGACAGUGCGUGCUGACGGCGGGGGGGGGGCAGGGGCGGGCCCGCCUGUCGCGCGUGGCCUGGGUGCGGCUGCAGGAGGACCAGGGUACGUACGCCCCCCUCACCCACCACGGCACGCUGGUGGUGAACGGCAUCGUGGCUUCCUGCUACGCUGCCGUGGACCAGCACGGCCUGGCCCACUGGGCCUUCGCCCCCCUCAGGCUCCUCUACCGCUGGGCCGGGCCCAGCCGCCACCAGGGAGACGGCAUACACUGGUACUCACAGGCCCUCUACUGGGCCGGGACCUGGCUACUGGACUCUGAACACUUUCACCCGUGGGGCGUCGCAGACUCCCAGAGAUGA